AUGUCUUUGACAGACCUCAUCACCGUAAUCGCUCCUGACAAAGAUGACGACCCCGAGGACAUCUUCGCGGCCGCGCCAGGCCUCAUCUUCACGGAUGACCUGCGCAACAUGCACGGCGACGACGCCAGCACCCUUGUGUACAAGAGCAGGAAAUUUGGGAAUAUAGAACUCAAGACGGCGGAUCCUGAAAAAGAGAAUGAUAGGAGGCUGUUUGCGCAUUAUCUGUGGAAUGCGGGGAUCAAGAUGGCCGAAUUGAUCAGCGAGGAGGACUCUGGGUGGAGCGUGAAUGGCGAGAGGGUCCUGGAAUUGGGCGCAGGAGUCGGUUUGGACGGGAUAGUCGCAACGCUGGCUGGAGCGCGGGAAGUGUUCAUCACAGACUAUCCGUCUGAUGUAUUACUUGAGAACAUACGGCGAAACGUGAAGAAGGCGAUACCGGACGACCUAAGGAGCAAGUAUCAUAUUCAAGGCUACGAAUGGGGAGACGUCACCUCUCCCUUCGCCCAUGCGAACGAGCACUCCUUCACACGCAUUCUCGCCGCCGAUUGCUAUUGGAUGCCGCACGAGCACGAGAACCUCGUCAAGUCGAUGCUGCAUAUGCUCAGUCUUGAGCCCAGCGCCAGGAUCUUCUCGAUUGCAGGCUUCCAUACCGGUCGGGCGAAACUCGCGCUCUUCUUCCAGGAGGCUGUGUCUCAGGGAUUGGGUGUUGAGAGUAUCUAUGAAGAGGAUGCAGAGGGGAAUAGGAGGGAAUGGAUGGAAGAGAGAGACGGUGGGACGGAGAACGUGACGGAGCGCAAGAGGUGGCUUGUCAUUGCUAUUCUGAAGCGGCGGCUACCUUCAUGA